ACUCGCGAUGACUACAAUAAUGUCACCGAUGGUCCCCCUAAACUGGCCCAGUUUUGGGGGGCACGAGAAGGCAACUAAUUAAGAAGGAACUUGGAAAAAUAAAGUAAGUAACCGCGAAAAAAAUAAUGGAUUGCUGCCGGCGUGUAGCACGUUUGAAGGGACAACUUGAAGCAUUCAUUUUUGUUGUGCCCUUGUUGAUAAUGGUAAAGUUACUGCGGCAUCGGAACACUUUGGCUGCUGCUGUUGUCCUUCAUGAUUGUGGCGCAUUCCCACAUAGGCUACCUAUGCACAUUUCUUUCUUUUCUUGGCAACUCGCGUGACAGGCAUCGCGGGAUGCGACGUUGCAGUUUGCGCGAAAAACUGCAAGUGCAAGCGAAACUACUUCGGGUGCCGCCAGUGAGGACCAAUUUCUUCAUAAAUGAGGCCUUUGCACCUGAUCUUUGUUGGAGUCUUGGCCCUGCCCUGUACAGCGUCCUCGAAUAUGAAGACAACCAGAGGAAGCACGCGAGUUCCCCCGAGAACACUGAGUAUUCCUUUACGUGAGCGUGACAUUCCUCUAGAGGCAAUGAAGUUCAUUGCACCCUACAUGAACACCUGGCCGACUCCUGCUGACUGCUGUGCUAACGGCGGCACCUGCGUUCACGGAGAAAACGGCACCACGCAGUGCCUGUGUCCCGCCGCCUUCUCGGGUCCGGCGUGCCUGGACGACGUCGACGAAUGCCGGCUGCGAAGACCGUGCGGUCGCUUCAGCGUGUGCACCAACCUGUACGGAUCAUUCCGCUGCGACUGCAUGCCCGGAUUCCAGCUGCAGGCUCACCUCUGCGUCCGUGAGAUGUCUUGCGAGGAAGGCCCCUGCUUGAACGGUGGCACCUGUGUCACCCGCGAAGACCUCACUGACGUCUGCUACUGCAAGAUUGGAUUCAGGGGCCGACUCUGCGAGAUAGCUGUGCCCGAGUGUUCGUUGGGAACCUGCCCUCGGGGCACCUUCUGCGUGAGCACCCGGCGUGGAUUUCGUUGUCUUCAAAGUCUAAGGGACCUACGGCCGGGAUACCAGUUGCCCUGGCAAUAAACGUGCACCGC